GUCAUUGCAAUAUUGUGACGUUACUUUCAUCCCAAACUAAACGAGAACAACUUGGUACAGUGAGAAGAAGUUGAGUUUAAAAUCGAAUUUGGGUUUAUACCCAAAUCCUUACAAUGUAUAGACUCAGAUGUCUGUUAUUAUUAUGGGUGAUAUGUGAGGGAGUUCUUUGCAAGGAGGAAAAAGACAAUGGAUUCGUCCAGCCCCUGGAUUUUGCGCCUAUAUUCAGCUCGGAGGAUUCAGGCAUUACCUCACUGGCUUCGAAUCCUAUUGCCGCCGCAGUACUAAAAGUAGAUAAGAGCCAAUAUCCGCGAUUGUUUGACACCAUCGUCAGUAGUUCCAUCGAUUCAUUGCAAGCUCGAGUGGCACCGAGAGAAAAUGCGUUCUCUGCUGAACACUUUGGUUUUAAUCCAAUUGCGAGUCAAAGCUUUAACCCGCCUGGGAGGCCGGCGCAACUAGUAGCACAGCCAAAACAACAACAGCAACAACAAGCGCAGCCUAUUUUGCAGCCUUUACGCUAUGAUAUUCGUACGGUACAUGACGCCGAUUAUAAGGUGUACAAACCUGAAGAAACUGAGCAGGGUGAAGAAAUUUUAGCAGCUUUGAAAAAAAAUCCAUCUGUCGCUGCAUAUUUUCAACCUGCACUAACAAAUGUCGAAGUUUCUCAUCCUUUGAAUUAUCGUAAAGAGGAAUUAAUAGAAGAACGCGACGAACAAAACUACAAGCCAAAUGCUUAUAUUGCAGGACCAUCGCGUAUUCGACGAUACACAAGUGGAAGAAAAAAAGAAAAUCUGAGGAAAAGCAGUGAGGAGGACGAGGACGACCCUUACGGUUACAAAGCCGAAUACAUUUCAAGACCUAAAGCUUUUGAUUCUUCACUUUACAGCAGUGCCUACAAACAAGAAAAGGACCCCAACAAGGAUUACGAGUACCCGUAUGGAUACGACUCAGGAUAUGACCACAAGGAAUAUGAAAGAAUAAAGGAGCUGUCGGAAAAGCAAGCUGCCGAAAUAAAACAAAAUCCAGAAAAUUGCAAAGAAGUCAAGAGAGACGAUAUGACUUGUAUGGUAUGCAAAGAUAAAAAAACUGGCGGUAAUUACGAAUCUUGUUCGUAUGUAGCAGAGCCCAAAAACAACAAAUACGCUUAUUCAAAAGAAAGAAAGUUCGAUAGUAACGAUGAACCCGAUGAACCACAAGAAGCUGAAAAGUCUGAAGCUCCGAAAAAAUCAGCAAAAUAUCAAAAUCCCAAGGACGAUGCCCAGCAGUAUACUCCAUCUUCUUCCAGCGAGGAACAUAAACCCUAUAGCAGUUACAAAGCCGCAGACAAAGACGAAGGCGAUGAUUCCGGAGAAAAGUACAAAGCUUAUUAUGUACACACUUCAAAACCCAAACCAAGCGAGGCAUUAAGAGCUGCCAGUGAUGAAAGUUCUGAAGAAAAGUCAGACUCAGUAUCUAAGCCAUACAAUUACAAAAAAGCUUUGCCCGGCUUUUAUACAGACAAUGAACCAAAGAAAGAUGUAGAACAUGUGUUGGCGGAAUUCAAAAAGAAAGACAGGUCUACAUGUAAAAAAGUGCAAAAGAACGGUAUGACUUGUUUCCAGUGCGUCGAUAAGAAUGGCUUGAAGCACGAAGAAUGCAUGUUCGUAUCGGAGUCUGCUCCAAAACGAAGCCAUUUAGCUUACCAGGAAGUUAAAGAAUUUACUUCAAAACCAGCAACAGUUGAUGAGGUUAAUGAAGGUGCCGAAAGUAAAACUGUAACUACGAGUGCGCCGCCCGCAGCGCAAAAAUCUGCUGCAUAUGUUGUCGCAACGAAUGGUUACGGCAAAAAGUUAAAGCGUAAGAAAGCUCCUCAAGCAGCGGCUGCAGCUGCAACUAAUCCUAUUGCCAGCGCAGUUCCUGCUGCGUCAGCGACAGCUCUUCAACAGAAAUCACAUAAGUCCAAAAGAAGCGUUGAAUCAGAAGCAGAAACAAAAGCUGAAAUUGUGGACGAGACGAAUAUAGCUGCGCCUGACGAGUUUGCAGGCGAUAGUUCAAAGGGUGCUUUCUGGGCUGAGACCAUGCCUCGCUAUAGUGCAGCUUUAGGUGUCACUUUACCCGAGUUCAUGUUAUCAAGGUCAGAGCACGAAGCUUCGUUCGAUGAAGCGGUGGCGGGUGCGUAAGAGAUUAAGGCUGGAAAUGUUAGCCAACACUAGCAAUGUUAGUAGAGCGUGUCGGUUUUACAAAAGCCUGGACAGAUUGUAACGGGUAAUAGAUAUUUGUUGCGUAACUAAAUAAGAUUUCACAGAUUUACAACUGAUUUGGCAUGAACGGUUUCAAAACAACCAAAUAGAACUGAACUAUGAAAAAAGGAGUUUUUAUAAUAUCUUUUUGUCGAUUUAGAUUGUUUUACAAGCGUUUAUUGCGCUAUGGAGACAAUUAUAAAGUUGUUAAACUUUUACAAGGACUGUCUUUUGUUAAACUCAUGUUUGUUGUUAACUAGUUAUACUUAGAUUAAUAUCUUUCGAAAAUAAAUAAUUGUUUUGUUAA